CGGCGGCCAUCUUUCUUCCCGGCAGCUGUUCCCGGCGCAAGUGCGGGUCCGCUUGGCUGCGGCGCCCUCGGCCUCAGAUCUGUGGGGAGGCGUGGAUGACUGGGGAGGUGAGAAGGAGCCGCCUCCCAGUGUCGCCGCGCCCCAAGCCGAGGGCAGGCCCGGGCGGGCAGAGUCCCCCGGGCGGGCUCGGGGUCGCUCCGCGGCGCAGCCUCGUCCUCCCCGCCGGGACCAUCCCCGGGCCCUGCCCGCCCGCCCGCUGCUCUCAGGGUCCGGGGCUCCUCCCAGAUGGGAUAAGCUGUAAAGAUGUUCAGCUUUGAAGGCGAUUUCAAAACGAGACCCAAGGUGUCCCUCGGAGGCGCGAGCAGGAAGGAAGAAAAGGCUUCUCUUUUACAUCGGACUCAGGAAGAGAGAAGAAAGAGAGAGGAAGAAAGGCGGAGAUUGAAAAAUGCGAUAAUUAUCCAGUCGUUCAUUCGAGGCUAUCGAGACCGAAAGCAGCAAUGUUCCAUCCAGAGAAGUGCGUUCGACCGCUGUGCUGACCUGUCCCGGCCUGGCGGCGCUUUCCCCAUCGCUAACGGCCCCAGCCUCACACUUCUGGUCAGGCAGCUUCUGUUUUUUUACAAACAGAACGAAGACUCAAAGCGUUUGAUCUGGAUGUGUCAGAAUCUCGUCAAGCACAGCACGCUGUUUGUGCAGCAGCUGGAUGGACCGGACAGGCUGACGUGCUUGUUUCAGAUAAAAAGGCUGCUGAGCCUCUGCUGCAGGUUACUGCAAAACUGUAACGAUGACAGUUUGAAUGUUGCACUUCCGAUGAGAACGCUUGAGGUGUUUUCAUCCGAGAAUACCUACUUGCCUGUUUUAAAAGAUGCCAGCUACGCGGUGUCCGUCGUGGAGCAAGUUUUGUGCUACAUGAUCCAGAAUGGGUAUUACAGGUCUCUCUAUCUGUUGAUCAACAGCAGGCUUCCAUCAAGCAUUGAGUAUUCUGAUUUAUCUCGAGUUCCCAUUGCAAAAGUUUUGCUAGAGAAUGUUCUAAAACCAUUGCACUUUACAUACAACUCCUGUCCAGAAGGUGCAAGGCGGCAAGUGUUCGCGGCCUUCACGGAGGAGUGCUUGGCGGCACCUUUCACGGAGCAGAUCUUCCACUUCAUCCUUCCCGCGCUGGCUGACGCCCAGGCGGCCUUCCCCUUCGAGCCCUUCCUGGAGGCGCUGCUGUCGGUGGAGAGUGGGGCCGGCGGCAGCGCGCCCUGGCUCCUCUACGUCGUCCUAACCGUCGGUGAAAACCACCUGGGUGCCCUCUCUGAGGACGGCCUGCUGCUGUACCUGCGCGUGCUCCAGGCCUUCCUGCCCCAGCUGCCGGUGUCUCCUGCCGGCGCAAGCUGCCAGGACUCAGCCAGCGACUCCGAGGACGACGGCGCAGAGGCCGACCCGCAGAGGGGCGUGCCGGCGGACGGACGACUGUCGCUGCCGUACAUCACGGAGGAGUGUCUGAAGCGCCUGGACACGAAGCAGCAGACGAACACCCUGCUCAGCCUGGUGUGGCGGGACUCGGCGAGUGAGGAGGCCUUCACGCGGAUGGCCUGCAUCUGCCACACGCUCCUGGUGCAGCAGCGCCUGGCGGUGCCCCGAGUCAGGCUUCUCUACAGCUUAGCCUUUAAUGCCAGGUUUCUGAGGCACCUUUGGGUUCUCAUAUCUUCAAUGACAACACGGAUGAUCACAGGGUCUGCGGUGCCGCUGCUCCAGGUGGUCUGCAGGGGCUCGCCCCUGUCCCCCGAAGACUCCGGGCGCAUCAUUCCGCUCUUCUACCUGUUCAGCUCCUUGUUCAGCCACUCGCUGAUUUCCAUCCACGACAACGAGUUCUUUGGCGACCCCAUAGAAGGGGCCGGGCACAGGCCGUCCUCCCUGAUGCCGUUCACCCUGGAGGAGCUGGUGGCGCUGUCCCGGAGCCUGCGGGACGCCUGCCUGGGCAUCAUCAAGCUGGCCUACCCGGAGGCGAGGCCGGAGGUGCGGGAGCAGUACGUGUCCGCGCUCCAGAGCGUCGGGGCGGCCACACGCGCCGGGCUGCAGCAGUGCGUGCAGACGGAGCGGGAGCGGUGGAUCCAGCUGUUCAAGGUCAUCACCACCCUGGUGAAGAUGCUGAAGGCCCGGGACACGAGGAGGAGCUUCUGCCCCCCGGACCACUGGCUGUCGGAGCAGGAGGACAUCCGAGCAGAUAAGGUCACCCAGCUGUACGUGCCGGCUGCCAGACACGUGUGGAGGUUCCGGCGGAUGGGGCGGAUCGGCCCCCUGCAGUCCACCCUGGACGUGGGCGCGGAGCCGCCGCCGCUGUCCGUGUCCGAGGAGCGGCAGCUGGCCGUGCUGACGGAGCUGCCCUUCGUGGUGCCCUUCGAGGAGCGCGUGAAGAUCUUUCAAAGGCUCAUUUAUGCCGACAAGCAGGAAGUUCAAGGAGAUGGUCCGUUUCUGGAUGGAAUCAACGUCACAAUAAGGAGAAAUUACAUAUAUGAAGAUGCGUAUGACAAGCUCUCCCCAGAAAACGAGCCGGACCUGAAGAAGCGCAUCCGUGUCCACCUGCUCAACGCACACGGCCUGGACGAAGCCGGCAUCGACGGCGGCGGCAUCUUCCGGGAGUUUCUGAACGAGCUGCUGAAGUCGGGCUUCAACCCCAACCAGGGCUUCUUCAAGACCACAAACGAAGGGCUUCUGUACCCCAACCCCGCUGCUCAGAUGCUUGUGGGAGACUCCUUUGCCAGACAUUACUACUUCCUGGGCAGGAUGCUUGGAAAGGCCCUCUACGAGAACAUGCUGGUGGAGCUGCCCUUCGCAGGCUUCUUCCUGUCCAAGCUGCUGGGCACCAGCGCCGACGUGGACAUCCACCACCUGGCGUCCCUGGACCCGGAGGUCUCCCGCAACCUGCUCUUCCUCAAGAGCUACGAGGGCGACGUGGAGGAGCUGGGGCUGAACUUCACCGUGGUGAACAACGACCUCGGGGAGGCUCAGGUCGUUGAGCUGAAGUUUGGUGGGAAAGACAUCCCCGUCACCAGCGCGAACCGCAUCGCCUACAUCCACCUGGUGGCCGACUACAGGCUGAACAGGCAGAUCCGCCCGCACUGCCUGGCCUUCCGCCAGGGCCUGGCCAACGUGGUCGACCUCGAGUGGCUGCGCAUGUUCGACCAGCAGGAGAUCCAGGUGCUGAUCUCGGGGGCGCAGGUUCCCAUAAGCCUAGAGGACCUGAAGUCCUUCACAAACUAUUCAGGAGGCUACUCUGCCGACCACCCUGUGAUCCGAGUCUUCUGGCGCGUGGUGGAGGGGUUCACGGACGAGGAGAAGCGCAAGCUGCUCAAGUUCGUCACCAGCUGCUCCCGGCCCCCGCUCCUGGGAUUCAAGGAGCUGUACCCCGCCUUCUGCAUCCACAACGGUGGCUCUGACCUCGAGCGGCUGCCCACGGCCAGCACCUGCAUGAACCUGCUGAAGCUCCCCGAGUUCCAGGACGAGGCCCUGCUGCGAAGCAAGCUGCUCUACGCCAUCGAGUGCGCCGCCGGCUUCGAGCUGAGCUGAGCCGAGCCGCCCGCUGGUCGACCCUCCGCCCAGAAGCUGCGCCGCCGCCCCCGCCGUCGUGAGUAGCUGCUCCCGGGCCGGCCGCCGCGGACGCUCAGGCUGCACCCCACGGCUCUCCUGCGCCCCUUGUCUGUCACCCCCUUCACUUUUUAAAUGAUUUAGGUUGUGGUCCCUUGUUUAGAUGGACAUUGCUUUUCAGAUAACUUAAAGUAACAGAUGUUACGUGCCAUGCGGCUAAUUUAGUGAUUUUGCCAAGAAGAGCACAGUUUUAGGACUAGUGGCAACUCAGUGAAAAUAACCAAAGAUGCAGCUUUGGCUUUGCUGAUGGGUCCCAGGCCUGCGUGGGCGGGGGUUCUGGGCGGGGCUCCCGGCCCGCACGGGUCCGUGGGCUCUGGGCUGCGGGGCGCAGGGUCUGGGAGGCGGGGAGCUGACUCAGGGGCCACAGCGUGUCCUGCGUGGCGGAGCUGUUUACAAGCCUGACGGUUCAAACUAAAGGCGUUUUUCCUGCUGCCUUUUCCCAAAGCGGCGAGGUUUGGAGAAGAGAUACGUGAUGGUAUUUUAUUUGUGCUUUUUAAGCCGUUUCUCCCGAGCGGGACUAGCACGCUGCUUCCAGGGGUCCCACCGACCCGCAUCGUGGCGGCUCGGACAUGGCCGUGCAGGGCGUGUGCACGGCGGGCGCUGCCUUCCUCCCCUCCUGUCCCCCUCGGUGCCGGGAGAGCUUUCGGGCGGGGUCCGCCCGGGGCCCACGGCGCGCAUGCGACCUGCGGCGACUCGCACGAAGAGGCGCGGAGACGGGUCCAGUCACUUGAACCAAAGGGGCGGCUGCGCCUUCGCCCGCUCGCCCGGCCGCCGUCCUCGCCCUGGAGGUCGGGGACUGGCCCCGCUCCCGCACCCUCCACCCCCCAACGGUGCUGCUUUGAAGGAAGACGGGACAGCCCCCAAACGCGCUUCGGGGGAGGCGUGCUGGGAUUCCCGCGCGAUAGGCACUUUAUCGGGACCGACUUGUUGCUGGGAGGCCCGAGGCUCCGGGCUCGGGGCGGGGCCCUGGCGGGCGCCGCGUCCCUGUCCGCGCGGCUCCGGGCUGCCCCUGAAUUGACCAGAUGAGCAAUAUACAUUUAAAUGUGGGGAACUGAACGACACUUUUAAGACAAUGACCAUUAUCAAAACAAAUGUAUAAUUUCUUAAUUUGAAUAAAUUAAGUGUUAAAUGCUAUUUGUAGUCUUGAUACACAGAAAUAAAAUAAUU